GUCUGCUCAACUCUUUUAAUCUGGCUGUCCGGUCGGUCCUUGAAGCAAAAGAAGAGAAAUUACCAUCUUUCUAUUUCCACACUGCUGGCAUUUAUCUAUCUAUUUCCUUCCGAGUCUUGUUCACUUUUUCUGCGAGUUGAACCUGUGCCUUAUGAUCUAUCUUCAGUGGGCUUAAAUUAUUGGCAGGAAUUAAUUUGUGGUGUCCAAUAUCUUGGACUAUCAGAUGGAACACUCGAAGCAAGCCAUCUCAUUUGCACAAAAUUUCUCGGCUCAUUAUCUUGCUAUACGUACUUUACAACUUGACCCCUUUGAAUAUCAAUGUCGGCAUUCCUAAUCGUGGUGGCGAUGCAAAUUCUUCAAAAGUCACUGAAUCUAAAUCAUUUGUAUGGGACAAGUGGAGAAGAAAGAGAUGAUCAAAUGUUCGUUGAGGCACUUCUUCAGCUCUUAUGGCGUGUACGUGCACAAGGGGACUCUCCCAUUUCGGAAAAAUUCAAAACAGAGAGCUAUGAUGACUUGAAAGGGAAGCGUGGGACUCACCAAUCAAAUUCAACAAGCUGGAGGAGGGAUUUCUGCACGGCCACCUUCCCAACAAAGGGUUCAUUAGAUUCACAGCCAUCACCUAGCUCAUCAACAUAAGAGCACGAUGAAACA